UGGAUCAAACUGAUAAAAAAUCCCUCACUACUCCAUUUACAAACAUUUUCGCGAAUUCACAACAAUCAUAUUCACAACAAUCAGAUAAAGCUCACACUCCUUUUUCUAUCCAAUCUUCUCACAGGUUCGUGGAGUGUGAAAACCAAGGAAUCUUGGAUUCAGAUUUUGGCCUCGCAUUAGAAUUACUUGAUGAUCCGCCUGAGGGUACUUAUGAAGAGUAUGUCGAAUAUAUUGGUAUGCGCUAUAUUGAGAAUGGUGAAACUCCAACUGAAUGGAAAAUCAGGAUCUGGAAUCGCCUAAUAUAUUUUCGAAAUAAAAAAUCUUAUACAUAUGGUGAGGAAGAUUGCUUUUAUGUUCAUAAAGCAUUGCCACAUCUUGUUGAUGGACAAACAUACUCACUGACAUGUGAAAGAUAUGUUUAUAAUUGUAUGAAAGGCAAGUUUAAAACUGAGAAAUUCCGAUAUAUUUCUUUUAAUGGAGAACAUUGGGCUACUGCUUGUACCGGAAACAAGUUUCGCAAACUAAAUUUCAAAGAAUAUAUGGAAAUUAAACAGCUGAUCCCAUUGGAUCAGUGGAUGAGUUUCCAUCAAAUAAUUCAAUUUGGUAAAUUCAGACGCAGAAAUCCAUAUACCGUUUUAACUGAUAAUUACAUUCUAAAUAAAUUUGGCAUUCAUGCUGACAAAAAAGUAUAUAAAGGAAUUCCAUCAGAUGCAACCACUUUAUUAUCCGCAGAUUGA